CGACUGCUCAUCUCGCAGAGUCGUGUUUGUGUACGAACAUCAGCUGGACCAGUCCAACAGACAUGGCGAGUCCUGGGCAGAAAGUGGUGCUGAUCACUGGCUGCUCCUCAGGCAUCGGCCUGAGGAUGGCUGUGAUGCUGGCCAAGGAUGAACACAAGCGCUACCACGUCAUUGCUACAAUGCGAGACCUGAAGCGCAAAGACAAGCUAGUGGAGGCGGCCGGCGAUGCCUACGGGAAGACGCUCUCACUGGCUGUGCUGGACGUAUGUGACGAUGAAUCUGUCAAACAGUGCAUCAACGGCAUCAAAGAUCGCCACAUUGACGUCCUCAUCAACAACGCGGGAAUCGGCCUGGUGGGCCCCUUGGAGAGCAUCCCCAUCGAGGAGAUGAAGAAAGUGUUUGAGACCAACUUCUUUGGCGUGAUCAGGAUGAUCAAGGAGGUGAUGCCUGAUAUGAAGAAAAGGAAAGCGGGACACAUCAUUGUGGUCAGCAGUGUCAUGGGACUCCAAGGAGUGGUGUUCAAUGACGUCUAUGCAGCUUCCAAGUUUGCCAUGGAAGGUUUCUGUGAGAGUUUGGCGGUGCAGCUGUUGAAGUUUAACGUCACGUUGUCAAUGAUUGAGCCUGGCCCGGUACACACUGAAUUUGAGGCAAAGAUGAUUCAAGACGUGAGGCAGAAAGAGUACCCCGGAGCCGACUCGGACACGGUGCAUUACUUCAAGAACGUCUACCUCCCGUCUUCUGUGGACAUCUUUGAGACGCUGGGACAAACGCCAGAUGACAUUGCAAGAUGUACCAAGAAGGUGAUAGAAGCCAGCAGCCCGCGCUUCCGCAACCUGACCAACCCUUUGUACACGCCCAUCGUGGCGUUAAAAUACGCCGACGAAACAGGAGGCCUGUCGGUCCAUGCCUUCUAUCACAUGCUCUUCAACCUGGGCCCGCUCAUGCACGUUAGCAUGACCGCCAUGAAGUACCUCACCUGUGGAUGUCUGAGGAGCCGAACUGUUUCGCCAAACUAAGAAAUCCUGACAUGGACUGGACUGAAAGAAACACUAACUACAUCACCAUACAACACCUGCUCAGGGUAGUCAAGUCACUUGCUGGGAUGAAUAAUAAAUACAACUGCGUCAUGA